GAUCAAAACAAGGUUCGACUUCGCACGCGCGAGCCUCCGCUGCAUUCGGUUCUCGCGACAAAGGCGCAGGGGCUUUGCCGCUGGUCGACGGCCCUGUACUGGCGGCGCCGUCCGAACAGCUGAUAAUCAAGCGCACUCGCGUAGUCGCCGCAAGGACGCACAGCACGGCGAACGAUCGACGAGUCGCAGCCGAGCAUGGCCUUGAUCAACCGUAGCCGCGUCUUCGGCGACCUUCUGCAGGUGGGACGAUCUAUUACAAGGCCGUUCGCCGUCAGCAGGGCGACGCACUCGCGGCACGAGAGUUAUGUGGAAACCAGCGAAGCUCAUGGGGUUUGUGAGGAGAAUAAUGUUGAAUCAUCCGAGGACGAGAAAUUCGCUGUCGCUGGAAAUGAUGGGCGCUCUGUUGCAAAGCCUCGCAACAGACUCUGAGAACCAAAGUCUUCGCUCGAUCGUCAUCUCUGCUGCGCCUGGCCAGAUAUUCUCAGCUGGGCACAACUUGAAAGAGCUGAGAUCGAGUGACGGCGAGGACCACCAUCGCUCAGUGUUUGAAACGGCUGCUCUGUUGAUGAAAGCAAUAUCGGACAGUCCGGUGCCAGUAAUCGCUGCAGUCGACGGUCUAGCAGCUGCUGCCGGUUGUCAGUUGGUUGCUGCCUGCGACAUUGUCGUUUGCACGGAGAGAAGCAGCUUUUCCACCCCAGGGGCAAACUUUGGCAUAUUUUGCUCCACGCCGGGUAUCCCGCUGGUCCGAAACGUUCCUAGAAAAGUGGCGGCUCACAUGCUUUUCACAGGGCUUCCUAUCACAGCGAUUCAAGCUUUCCAGGCCGGUUUGGUCAGCAAGUUAGUGCCAAACGAUGGUCUUGAACAAGAAGUCAAGAUAAUCACCGAUGCUGUCAAUGAAAAAAGUCGGUCAGUAGUGAGACUCGGUAAAAGGUUCAUCCAGGAACAGCAAGAAGUAGACAUGGAUACAGCUUAUUCUCUCGGUACCGAGAUUAUGGUUAAUAACUUGAAAUUGAAAGAUGCUCAAGAAGGCAUCAAGAGUUUCAGUGAAAAACGAAAACCAUCGUGGUCUCACGAUUAUGAGAAAGCAUCCUAGUAUUAAUUAUUAAUUUCAUAAAUAAUCAUUUUGAAAUACUUGUAAAAAUGUAUAUACUAAUAUUCACAUGUUUUUUAUAAGUAAGGCAUGUCUUUUUAAAAAUUAUUAUUAAAAAGGUUCUUAUAUGAA